GCGUGAGAGACACACACGUUGCCAUAUCGGCUACCUUCCCGACGCGGCUGAUUUCGGUUUUUUUUUUUUCAUUUGUUCUAUUCCCUCCUUGGAAAAAGCUGCGUGCCGCGUUGAGCGGCGGCCUUUCGUCGAAUCAGAGGCCAAUAUGAGGAAGAGAGCGUGUGAUUCCUGUCACAGGCGAAAGAUUCAGUGUGAUGGAGCAGUCCCACAAUGCAACUGGUGCAAGCACCACGGCAUGGCGUGCACUUUCAACCGGGCCACCAAGGUGAAGAAGCGUGUGGCCACAGCGAGGGCGGGAUCAGAAAAAGACCUAGUCGAACGCCUCAACCGUAUCGAGAAGGCCUUGGAGGCGGCUCGGCGUAACCAAGAUGCAGGGGGGGAAGGAGGGACCCGGGAUGAUUCCACCGCGUCCCCAUCGUCAUCAUCGGCGCCCAUGUCGACUGUUGGUCCGGAUCCGCCGGCCGCCGACGGCAAUCCGGACACAACCCAAACCCGAUCUUAUGACUCAUCAGCCCGGGCUGCUUCCGGAGCUACCGUGGGUAAGCUGCAUUUUGCCGGUUACUAUCUGGGCGAUGUCAGCUCCUACAAUGGUAUUCCAUUCUUCUCCGCCGACGGCCAAGAAUGGAUCCGCUCUCGCGCUGGAGAAGAUGCUUCCUUUCACACCUUGUUUGGCAUGGGUCCUUUGUGGCAGACACAACAUCCAGUCCCAAUCUUUAUAGACUUCCCAGAAGUGAAUGCUACUGGAGAGCUUCCUGAUAGGACAGUUGUUGAAGAGUAUCUCGCCCUCUUCCGAGCAUCCCAGUUCGGCUUAUCGUUUCCAGUAAUCGACUUUGUCCUCUUCCAAGAGACAAUCGAGCUGGCUUAUCAGCGAUCCAAUGGUAAAGCAUCUCUCGAGGCCGUGACGGCAAAGGCAUGUGUCUUUGCUUUCUUCGCCGUCGUUUCCCUCUUCCAGGGAGAAUGGAACUCAACACCCGAGAUUGACGGCGAGGCCUGCGCAGGUGCCGCCCAGAGACUGGUGGCAGUCAUCCUGCAGGGUACCAACAUCACUGCCCUCGAGACAGUCUUCAUGCUGGGUAUGUAUCACCUUUUCUGCGGCCACCUGCAACAAGGUGCCAUGUUCCAGUCCGCCACAUGUCGAGUCUUGUUCAUGCUUGGCGGACACCUCGAGCCCGGAUCGAGCCGUCCCACUCCAUGCCAGACACCCCAGCAAGCUGAAGACGACCACACCUCGCGCGUGAGGAAUCAACUCCGCAGACUCUUCUGGUUAUCCUACAAGCUCGACAAGGACAUCUCCCUUCGGACGGGACAGCCCCCCAGUAUCCAUGAUGAACAUUGCGACUUGACUUUGCCAAAGAUGGAUUGGUGGAUCCGGAGCAUAGAUGACCUCACGGGCGGCUCGCCGUCUUUCCUCGACGAGGCAACUAUCACGUCGGCCUUGGCACCCGACUCCCUGCAGUUGACCAUCAUCAAAUCUCAAAUUUCCACGAAGUUGUACUCUCAAUCAGCCCUGAAGAAGGGCGAUGCGGAACUGCUCAGGGAUAUCCGCGAACUCGAUGACGAGCUCGAACGAUGGCGUUCGUCGGUUCCAUCAUCCUACCGGCCGACGUUGACGUUCCCUCGGGGCACGGCGGUCGUUAGAAAGGGACGGCUGAGUAUGGAGGAGAUUAUCCUUCACUUUGAGUAUCAUUACUUGAUGGCAAUGAUACACCGAGCAAGCGGGCGAUGCCGCUGUUGGGCAAGCCGUGAAGGAAGCGGUCUGGAGGGCGUCAGUUCGAGCCAGGCCCUCUCUGUGCAGGCCAGCCGAUCUACGCUCUACUUCCUCCGCGCAGCGAUCCACGGCGUGGAACAGGUGGCCUUCUGGAUGGUGGUAUUCUACCCCAUGUCAGCAAUCCUCACAAUCUUUUGCAGUCUCCUCCUGCAGCCCCUGAACCCCCAAUCCGAGGAAGAUAUCGAGCUCCUCAACUCGGUCCCGGAACUCAUCGAGGGCAUGCGGAACCGUCAUCUGACGCCCAACGAAGUCGCCCACGUCAAGAUUGUGGAUGAUUUCGUGGCGGAGCUCACCCGGUUGGGAAAGUGCGCUAUUGCCAAGGCGCGGCGGGAACAAGAACUGCAGGAACUGGCUUAAAUGAGAGAAAGAAAACAACACGAAUUGUAUGUGACCGAAACCUGGGAUACAGCGGGCGCUUUGGUGUUGGGGGCAAUUGAUCGAGCUGGCAAGGCUUUUACUGGCUUGUGGGAUCGGUCUUAGAUGGGGAACCCAUAGAGAUAUGCUGCAUGUAUGAACAUUGAAAUGUAAUAUCAGAGUCAUUUAUCACCAUCGAAUGAAAAAUAGUUCGGCC